AUGAAUAGGCCAUUGUUCUUACGUAUCGUGCAUGCACUCAGUGAUUGGUCUCCUUAUUUCACCCAAAGAUCCGAUGCUACUGGUAGGAAUGGACUUUCACCGCUUCAAAAGUGUACCGCGGCUAUCAGGAUGCUAGCUUAUGGAAGCUCGGCUGAUCAACUUGAUGAGGUGUUAAAGAUAGCUGCAAGCACUUGUUUGGAGAUUUUGGGAAAAUUUGCUGAAGGGGUGAUUGAAACAUUCGGUGAAGAAUAUCUCCGCCCUCCAAGAAGCGAUGAACUGGAAAAAAUAUUAGUAGAAAAUGAGGCUCGUGGUUUUCCAGGAAUGUUGGGAAGCAUCGAUUGUAUGCAUUGGGCAUGGAAGAAUUGUCCGAAAGGUUGGGCAGGCAUGUUCACACGUGGUGAUAAAGGCGUUCCUACUAUGAUCCUUGAAGCGGUGGCAACUCGGGAUCUUCGUAUAUGGCAUGCUUUCUUUGGUACCGCCGGGUCUCAGAAUGACAUAAACGUUCUAAACAAGUCACCACUGUUCAUUCAAACAAUAAAAGGGGAAGCUCCUGCCGUACACUAUAAUGUAAAUGGUACACAAUAUGACAUGGGUUAUUAUCUUGCUGAUAAAAUAUAUCCAGAAUGGGCAGUAUUUGUGAAGACAGUGACGGCCCCUCAGUUGGCGGAAGACAAAUUAUUUUCAUUGAUGCAAGAAGGGGCGAGGAAAGAUGUCGAGUGCGCAUUUGGUGUGCUGCAAUCACGCUUUGAUAUUGUUCGUCGACCAGCAAGGUUAUGGAAGCAGGGGGACGUUAUCAACAUAAUGCAAGCUUGUGUUAUCCUUCACAAUAUGAUAGUGGAAGAUGAGAAGGAUUCAAUUAGAGAAGUCUUGGAUUUGAAUGAGAAUCCAAGUGCGACGAUAGUGCUCCCACCUGAAGUGCGUACAAGCGACAACCCUAAUCCUACCUUCGCAGAGGUACUUCGUAGAAAUUCCACUAUCAAAGCUCGACCAACACAUAGGAAACUCAAGAAGGAUCUAAUCGAGCACAUAUGGCAACGCUACGGAAACAAAGGAAAUUAG